CUUGUGGGUAGAUUAGCUUUGUUCUUUUGGCCAAUGGUAGAACUCUCCAAGUUCAUUGAGUAUGAGAUGGUUGUGAAAGGGAACUUGGUUGUAGUUUGGGGUUGGCAGGCUCUUGAGUUCAUGUUUUCUGGAUAGGGUGUGUGGUCAUGCUAGUUAUGUUCUUCAUAGUGAAUAUGAUUCAAUGGAGUGUGCCGUGGCCUCCAAGUACUCCAUCAGUUUGAUGAUGUAUAGAUAUGGUGAUAUUUUGGGAAGUUUUAAUGCAAAAUUUAGCACCAAUGGGCUUUUUAAGUUGAGGCAGUGCAUUUAACAGCAUUUUUGUUGCAGAGCUUCAAUUAUGUACUCAUGCCAAUUAUCUGGAAGUGAUUUUUUUUUAUCUGUUCUUGUAUUAUUAUACUUUCAGGUUGUUUUAGCUUCAUUGGGAUUUGAAGGAAAAAUGUCGUUUAAGAGAUCAAAAUCAGGAACUGAAAAAACUCUAUCUACUGAAGAGGAGCAGAUAAAGGUUCUAGAAGUCAAAAAGCUGAUUGGUCCAAUUGCUGAGAAGUGCCCAGUUCUGUGUUCGGAUGCAUCAAUUCUAAGAUACCUUAGAGCGCGCAGUUAUAAUACUAAGAAGACUGCAAAGAUGUUGAAAGGCACCAUAAAAUGGAGGCUGGAGUUCAAGCCUGAGAAGAUUCAAUGGAGUGAUGUUGCUCAAGAAGCUGAGAGAGGAAGGCUGUAUAAAGCUGAUUACUUGGACAAGCAAGGAAGGAAUGUUUUUGUUAUUAGACCUGGUGUUCAGAGUACAAACACUCCAAUGGCGCAAAUCAAGUACCUGAUUUACUGUUUGGAGAAUGCCAUAUGGAAUUCAGAUUCCAAUCAAGAACAGAUGGUUUGGCUCAUUGAUUUUCAAGGGUGGAACACAUCAUGCUUGUCUAUGAAGGUUGCACGAGACACUGCUCAAAUCCUGCAGGCUCAUUACCCUGAGAGGUUGGGCAUUGCAAUCUUUUACAAUCCACCAAAGAUGUUUGAGUCAUUUUGGAUGAUGGUGAAACCAUUUCUAGAAACCAAGACUCACAAAAAGGUGAUAUUUGUUUACCCUGCAAACGCAAAAAGCUGCGCGGUGAUGGAAGAACACCUUGACAUGGAGAAGGUGGAAUCCUAUUUUGGUGGGAAAAAUACAGUUGGAUUCAACUAUGAAGCUUAUGCUCGGAAAAUGAAAGCAGAUGAGAGUAACAUAUCUCGUAUAUUUGAUUUAUGUUGUUCAUCAUCGCCUGGACUUUCAGUAACCAGUGCUUCUGUGAGUGAAGAAGCAUCUAGUGAGAUAGCAAUUUGUUCAAACUUGGAAGAUGCUGAUGGCAGUAGUGCAAAUGGAAAGCAAGAUUGCUCCCGGUAUGAAUCCAAUAAGGUUAAUGAACCAAAAAAGACAUAAAGGGCUGAAUCAGAAUAAAACUAGGCAUAGGCAAGGUGCAAGGUGGAUUAUAUUACUCAUUCAAACUACACUAGAACUACACUUCAAUCAGUAUGCAUUAUAGGUUUGAAAGUGUCAUCUGAACCAUUACUUGUGGUCCAUGGUCCAUAGCAGCAUGGAUCCAUAUCUCACUGAAAAAGAUAGAAGUUUGAGUUGGCUCAUAUGGCAUUAGAAUGUCAGCAAAAUCCAAAAAAUAGAAAUUUCAGAUUUCUUUCAUGUUACUUUUUCCCUCUCUCCCUCAGUUUUUCUAUCUUUCUUUGUGUUGUGGUGGGGUUCUGAUAGGGUGUGUUUCAGUGAUUGUGAUUGCUUUUUGUUCAAUGUGAAGCUAUGAUGAGAAACACCUACCACCCUUUCAUGUACUGAGGUCCAAUCCAAGACCUAACAUGAAAAUUUUGUAGAG